AUGGCGUGUUCACGCCGCCACGUGCGGCCGGUCUUCCUCUCUAGCUAUCCUCCAGCAGCGCGGCCGUUGCCCUGUUCUUCGCCUCCUCACCCGCCCGAACUCCUCACCCCCAGCCUCUUCCGCCUCGAGGAGGACGGCUCCGAUUUGGAGCUCAAGUACUGCCUCCCCGACACCUCCAUCCCCAAGUACGUCCUCCCGUCAGACGAGGACGAGGCAGCCGCACACAUCCGCCGCCGCCGGCACCUCCGCGAGGUUUCCCGGCGGCCACCUGCUCUGCCGACCGGUCAGGAGAUGCCGUCACCUCUGACGGACCUCCCCGUCCACCUCCUGGCCGAGAUCUUCCUCCGGCUGCCGGACCCGACUGACCUCGCCUGCGCCUCCGCGGCCUGCGUCACCUUCCGCCGGCUCGCCACCGACGGCUCCUUCCUCCGCGCCUUCCGUGGCCUCCACGCCCCGCUCCACCUCGCGCUCCUCAACCUCGGCGGGUUCCACCCAGCCCUCCCGCCUCACCCCUCCGCGCCCACCGCCCGCGCGCUCGCCCUCGUUGCCGACUUCAAGUUCUCCUUCCUCCCCUCCCACCGCCAAUGGAUCGUGUGGGACGUCUGCGACGGCCGCGUCCUCCUCUCCCGCAAGAUCACAGAAGACGGGCAGCCCCGAGUCUUCCCGGAGCUCGCGGUGUGCGACCCCUUGCACCGGCGGUAUGUCCUGCUUCCCCCGGUACCUGACGACCUAGCCGCUUCGGUGGAGCACCGGCUCCCCCAUCCUUUCCUCGCUCCCCUCGGCGAGGAGGAGGAGGCGGCGCCCACGGAAGAGACGGCAUUCAGGGUGAUCUGUUUGGCACUUGGCAAAACUAAGCUGGCAGCCUUCGCCUUCUCUUCAAGCACGGGACAAUGGCGAGAUGCUGCGUCCAAGGAUUUGAGUGAUUUGGGCCUUGGCAUGCGUGACUCAGACAUGAUUUCAUGGAUGAACCCUUUUUACCUCAGGCGCCAUUAUGCUUAUGGCUGCUUCUACUGGGAUUUUCUCGUGGUCAAGCGGAACCUGUUGCUCGUGCUUGACAUCAGGAGGAUGGAGCUCUCCAUUGCAGAAGUCCCACCCGGAGGAUGGUAUAGGGAAGGUGUAGCCAUCGUUGAGGCAGGGGAAGGCAGGCUUGGGAUGUUUGGUCUCCGUGGUGAACAUGAAACUGCAUCUGAUCUCAGUUAUGCCAUUGUGCGAAACAGAGGUGAGAGUCCCAACCAGUGGCUGAUGAAGAAGACAAUCUCACUAGAUUCUGGGUACCACUAUUUUAUCAAAGCUGUAACAGAGAGGUGUUUGCUGUUGAUGAGAACAGAAUCCCUGCCAGGUUCACCUAUAGAGAAGCCACUCCUUGAGUAUUUCACAAUGGACAUCGAGACAUUGCAGCUUCAGAGGCUUUGUGCGAAACAAUUCAAGCUUAGGCUGCCCCCGUCAAGCAUAUAUGCCUACUUUUUUCAAACCGGGAUAUAUACCAACUUUCCACCAUCGUUGUUACCUCCAUGGACAGUAUGAAGUGAUUCAGUGGAGUCGCCAAUAGAUCAGCUUUUCUGAGUUCAAAGUGGUUGCUGCUUCGAUAGCAUGGAGUUGUCACCAGAUGUGAUCCACCUUUUUUUUUAGAACAGAG